ACUCCUCGGUCCAGAUACAAUCAUAGUGGGGGUUAACAAGCCUUACUCCGUUCCGUAUAUUUCAUCCAGAUAACUUAUGAUGAUAAUAAGGAGUAAAUAAAGCAUCCCAUCCAUACACUUACCACAAUUUGAUCACCACCACCUUUUAUUUCAUGACCAUGUUGGAGUUUAUCACUCGAGGUUUCAAAGGAUCCGCUGUCAAGUACUCUCCCUUCUAUGAAGAUCGAAUUUGUGUGGCUGCUUCCGCCAAUUAUGGUCUGGUGGGAAAUGGGAGACUUUACAGCUUGAUGUUGACGGCGCAAGGGAUCCAGGUACAGAAAACGUAAGUCAUACCGGGGCGGGGGAAGUGGGUUGAGUUCAAUUUCCCUAUAUGCACUGUUUUAUAGCUUCUGCUGACUUUCAUCUUCUCCCGGUAGUUUCGAUACUCAAGAUUCUAUUUACGAUUUAUCAUGGUCCGAAUCAAACGAAAAUCAAGUCGCUGUUGCAUGUGGUGAUGGAAGUGUAAAGCUAUUCGAUACCGCACUCAAUGAACCUUUUCCCGUGGGAAACUUCCAUGAGCACAGCCGUGAAGUCUUUGCUGUUCAUUGGAAUUUGGUUUCAAAGGAUACAUUUGUUUCGAGCUCUUGGGAUGGUACAAUCAAAUUGGUAUGAAGAUAUCUCCUGAGUAUAUUGCUCUCAUACAGAGUAUCGCUAACUUCUUCGUUAUCAGUGGAAUCCGAAUCGCCAAAGCUCAUUGCUUACAUUACCUACACACUCUUGCACAUACAGUACUGCUUUCUCUCCUCAUUCCCCUUCAGUCAUAUCAUCUGUCUCCUCAGAUUCGCACUUGAGAAUAUUUGACCUUCGUACGCCUGCUUCUGCAUCGAAUCAUUUAGUUUCGCUCAUUCCAAUCCAUGGUCCUCCACCAACUACAGGAACCUUGGGUGCAGUUGGAAGUAAUCGACAAAUUUUCCCUCCAUCUGAAGCUCUCACCCAUGACUGGAAUAAAUAUCGUGAUGGAGUUAUUGCAACUGCUGGUGUUGAUCAAAUGAUUCGAACUUUUGAUAUUCGUAAUCCAGGAGCUGGACCUAUCGCGAUUUUACAAGGACAUGAUUAUGCUGUUCGAAAACUAGUAUGGAGUCCUCAUCUUAGUGAUACACUCCUGAGCGCCAGUUAUGACAUGUCCUGUCGCAUUUGGACAGAUGGCACAUCAAAUGCUAGCAUGCCCCGCCAACUUGGUCGUAUGGAUGUCCAUACCGAAUUUGCCACUGGUGUCGAUUGGUGUCUUUUUGGUGAAGGUUGGUGCGCAAGUACUGCUUGGGAUGAACGACUUCUGGUCUGGGAUGUUCGUUCUGUAAUGGGUGCUUGAAUGUUUUAUUUUUGUUGCCCUUGUUUUUUCACGGCCUCUUUUCUUCAAGUGGAGUUUGACAAGCAUUUUUAUUUUCUACUUCAUAAAUGCGUACUUGGGAGAAGGAAAUAAAAUAAUCUUAUGAGUAAUAUGAUACCACAUGGAUGGCGUUUUACCUUUUGGCGUAAUGGAUAUGAAAGGAGAUUUCCUUGGAGUAUUUUAUUGCAGGAGUUCAGAAUUCGAUGUCAUGAGAAUUGUAUUCAGGAAAUCUUUUUGUUUCUUUUGUAUUGGGGUGUUGAUUAUAUGUCUUGACAUAGACUCAUCUAUGAAGUGUGUUUUUGGGACUGAAAGUGAGCAUUAUGCUGCAUUACCGUAGACUACCUCAUCUAAUCGAGAUCCUAUGUAUAAUUUGUCUCCGAAUUGCAAUCUCUGCC